GGGUGUUAGACAAAGCUUGAGAAAGGGAACCAUCGUCGGCCUGAGGGGUGCGGUAGCACAGGGACAGCCUGGAACCUGGUGUAUGGCCACGGAGUUACAGCAUCCAGACUCCAUGCCUUGUCACAACCAGCAAGUGAACUCUGCUUCAACCCCAAGUCCCGAGCUGCUGCGACCUGGAGAUCCGAUCCCGGAUCUUACCGGGGGAAAUAGCGCUGCUGUGGCUAAACUGACUCUCCUCACUGUGCACGCCUAUUCUAGCGUGCCGGCUGAGUGUGAUUCUCAGGCCUGUGGCACCACAAGCCUUAACUCUGAGAGCGGCAGCGAUAUUUGUAACAGUAGCAGCUAUGAAGCGCCUGCUGGCGACUCCCACCCAGGAGACUGUGAAGUAUCCCAACAGAUAGGGUCGCAGCUGAAACUUCUGCCUAUGAAUGAUCAGAUCCGAGAGCUGCAGACCAUCAUCCGGGACAAGACAGCCAGUAGAGGGGACUUCAUGUUUUCUGCGGAUCGUUUGAUCAGACUUGUUGUGGAAGAGGGAUUGAAUCAGCUGCCAUAUAAAGAAUGUAUGGUGACAACUCCAACAGGGUACAAGUAUGAAGGAGUAAAAUUUGAGAAGGGAAAUUGUGGGGUCAGCAUAAUGAGAAGCGGUGAGGCAAUGGAACAAGGUUUAAGAGAUUGCUGUCGAUCCAUACGAAUUGGAAAGAUCCUGAUUCAGAGUGAUGAGGAGACUCAAAGAGCCAAAGUAUAUUAUGCCAAGUUCCCGCCGGACAUUUACCGGAGAAAAGUUCUUCUGAUGUAUCCAAUUCUCAGCACUGGAAACACUGUUAUAGAAGCUGUAAAGGUUCUUAUAGAACAUGGAGUUCAACCCAGUGUUAUAAUCCUACUCAGUCUCUUCUCCACUCCUCACGGUGCCAAAUCAAUCAUUCAAGAAUUUCCAGAGAUCACAAUUUUAACUACUGAAGUUCAUCCUGUUGCACCUACACAUUUUGGACAGAAAUACUUUGGAACGGACUAAGUUAUUGAAGGAAAAUGAAAUAUCUUCUGUAAUAUUACCAUUAUAUUUUGAUUUUCUAUUUGUUUUGUUAAUUUGAGAAAUGAUGGGAAAAGAUGAUAAAGAUGCUUUUUAACUUUGAAACUAUGUACAGUAAAAAGGAAAUAUCUAAAAUGUAUUAAUUUUAUUUAGUUAUAUCUUGAUGGUUAGUACCAAAUACAACAACGAAGCACACACAGAAUCCUUAGAAAGGAUGGAAAUUUUAAUAAUAUGUUAAUACAAAUUGAGGAAGCCUGAGUGCAUCAGAAAAGUUCUCUAACUUACGAUGCUUUGGAGGUUGCUUACAACCACAAAGAAUAUCUAAAUAACUCAGUUCUUUGGCGCAGUAUAGUUUGCAUUUUGUUUAGUAUGUUUUUAACUCUGGUAAUGUUUCCUGUGUGUGAUUAUCGUCACCUUCCUCUACUCUUUACUUCCUGGUUUUGUACAUACUGAUAACUUGGAGAGGAGAGAAACAGUAUGCCUUUGGGGAUUUUAUAUUUUCCUUAAUAUAUUCAAUUCACAGACCAAGGAUGUAUGGUUAAUUUUUUAGUCAGGUCAUUAUGUUUCUCAUGACUCCUUACGCAAACUGUACAUUAUUGUAGGUGCUUUGCCAAGCUACAAUAUGGUGAAGAAAAUGGCUGGGCACUUUCAGUAACUGGAACUGUAACAUUAAUUGAUACAGAAUAAACCAGGGAUAUCUGAAUACUGACAAAAUAGAGCUGAAUAGUGUUAAUGAUGUCAAUCCUCUAGAAAAGAAUUUGUAGUGAUUUUUCUGAGCGGUGGGGAAAGAAAUGGUUUCUAGGUAGGUUUCAUGGCCAAUAAGUUAAAUAAAAUACAUCACUUUAAUUUGGAUGUUUCUACUAGAUGUCUUGGAUUUGGAAAUUAAUUCUUUUGCAUGUUUGUCAACUGUAGACUUAUCACAGUAGAGAAUAUAUAUUCUUUUAAAAAAUUCUCAAGAUUUGUAUGUGUUCAUAUUUAAGCCUCUGAAAGGGAGAGACACCAUUUUAGAAGUCAAUCUUUGUGUUCUAAAAUGUGCUUGUGAAACCUUAAUCCCAUUUUACAUUGAUAAUAAAACAUUUUAACAAUG